AGCAGUCUCUCUACCUUUGUGUAGAGGGUUAGUUCUUGGAAAAUCAUGAAGCUACAAUGUGGGAAACUGGUGACCAAUAUCUGUGCUCAGAAUCGAUAUUUAUGCCAUUUUCAUAUUCUCAGAAGAUUCUCUCUUUGGUCUAUGAAAAAAGAUCCAGAUCUUGAAGCAGCCUUAAGUAGAAACCGUCGGUGGAUUGUGAAUAACCAAAUUAAAAACAUAAUCAUGAGGUGCCCUGAUCAAGUGGCAUCGGUUAAUUUCCUUCAGAAGAAGUUCAAGUCUCUUGAUCUUCAAGGGAAAGCCCUCAAUUGGCUUAAGAAAUACCCGUGUUGCUUUGAAACAUACCUUGAAAAAGAUGAAUACUACUGCCGAUUAACUAAAAGGAUGCUUUUUCUGGUAGAAGAAGAGGAAACUGUAAAGAAUAUGCAGGAAAUGAAAAUUGUUGAGAGAUUAGCGAAGUUAUUAAUGAUGGUUUCCAAUCAUAGACUCAAUGUCUCAAAACUCCAUGAAGUUAAAAGAAGUUUGGGAUUACCGGAUGAUUAUUUGAUACGAAUCAUUCCUAAGCAUCUUGAUGUGUUCAGAGUAGUCAAUUAUGGUGGAAGAAAAAACACCAUGGAAAUCGAACUCACCAAGUGGGAUCCAGAACUAGCGGUUUCCACCAUUGAAAGAAUAGCUCAAAAACAGGGUUGUAACCCAUCAUUCCCGUGUUCUUUACCCUCUACUUGGGUAAAAUCAUGGGAGAAAUUUCGUGAAUUCGAUUCGGUUCCAUACAUGUCACCUUAUGUGGAUGUGGGACACUUAGUAGAAGGGUCUCGGGAAUUAGAAAAAAGAACGAUUGGGCUAUUGCAUGAAUUUCUUUCACUUACACUAUGGAAGAAAGCAUCAAUAAUGAAGCUAGGUCAUUUCAGGAGGGAGUUUCGUUUACCCGAGAAAUUGAAUGUUUUGCUCCUAAAGCAUCCGGGAAUAUUUUAUGUUACAAAUAAGUAUCAAAUUUAUACUGUUCUUCUUAAAGAAGGAUAUAGAGGGUCAGAAUUGGUUGACAAAGAUCCACUUGUCAUUGUAAAGGAUAAAUUUGGGGAACUGAUGCAAGAGGGACUUCAUGAGUAUAAUAGAAGACAUCAUACAUUGAAUAUAGAAAAGAGGAGAAAGAAGGGGAUGAUAGCAAUGAAAGAAGGGAAAAAAGAGCCGAUCCCUGAGCUCUCGGAUGAAGAUGGUCAAGGAGAUGAUCUGGGUGGCAUACUUGAUCCUGAAGAAAGAAAACGCUUUUAUAAGGUUCUCUUUGAUGAUAAGGCCCCUUGAUUUCUGUAGAGUAUGUUGUCUGAUCUUAUUCAUGUAAUUCUUAUAUUUUAACUAAUCCAUGUCACUGCUUAUUCACUUAAUUUGAAGAUUGUUAUAUAUAUACGUACAUUAAUUUAAUUAAGACACAGGAAUAAAAGCAUCAUCUGGAUACGAAAUUGUUUGUUUCCAGGUUUUCA